UAAAGAUCGACCUGACUUUUUCUUUGCCAGAACGAAGUUGUUUUCGUUUUAGUAGUCGAGCGUAAUUAUUAUGACGGGGGCAAACGACAUCGGCAGGAAAAGUCCCGGCAACAUAGGUCGUGCGAUUGGCUCAUUGUGCCGUCAUGUCCGGGACCUGUCACCGAUUGCCACAGUUCUUGUUUCGCAUGUGUUGCCUCGGUGCGAGAAUCGGUUUGACGGGUCCCUCACGCAGGACUUCAUCUGUCGCUGGAACAGAGAUGAGGAGGCCGUCAAUCAGGAGAUAGAAGCGUUGUCAUGCUCCUGGUUACAGCCAGUGCGACAUCCGCGAUUUUAUGAUUUGCAUGGUCCAAACCGACGCCUCCUCAGCCGGGAUGGGCUUCACCUCAGUUUUGACGGCACCGAGGAGGUGUGCCGCAAUAUGUACGAUGCGGUCUACAGCCCCCGAGCUUCGGAAGCCACACCGUCAUCUCCUGAGCGGCACUGCAUCAACACCUCACUACUGUACAGUGAAGUAUUAUUGCUUACAACAUCUCAGCCUACAUCCACCACAAACAAGCCACCUAUAUUCACCACCACCAAGCAGCCAACACUCACAACCACCAAGCAGCCAACAUCCACUUCAUCCAUCACCAUCAAUUAGCCAACACCCACUUCAUCCACCACCACCAAGCAGACAACACCCACUUCAUCCAUCACCAUCAAGCAGAAAACACCCACUUCAUCCAUCACCACCAAGCAGACAACACCCACCACCACCAAGCAGUCAACACCCACUUCAUCUAUCACCACAAGCAGUCAACACCCACUUCAUCCAUCACCAUCAAGCAGACAACACCCACUUCAUCCAUCACCACCAAGCAGUCAACACCCACUUCAUCCAUCACCACCAAGCAGACAACACCCACUUCAUCCAUCACCACCAAGCAGUCAACACCCACUUCAUCCAUCACCAUCAAGCAGGAAACACCCACUUCAUCCAUCACCAUCAAGCAGACAACACCCACUUCAUCCACCACCACCAAGCAGACAACACCCACUUCAUCCACCACCACAAAACAGACAACAUCCACCACCUCCAAGCAGCCAACACCCACUUCAUCCAUCACCACCAAGCAGCCAACAACCACUUCAUCCAUAAAAAAGCAGCCAACACCCACUGCAUCCGUCACCAAAAAGCAGCCAACACCCACUUCAUCCAUCACCUAAAAGCAGCCAACACCCACUUCAUCCAUCACCAUCAAGCAGACAACACCCACUUCAUCCACCACCA